ACCUUGACGGCCGCCGCCACAGCAACCGCCAAGCCCCAAACUGGCAGCAAGGGCUGAGCCUCCCGGUACAUCCGGGUCACUGGCACGCACGCGCGUGACGCACGCCCGGCGGCGGUUGUCGUUGUCUUCUCCGCUACAGCCUGGUCCCUGCGGGCGCUGCUUCUUGCCGCCACCGCUGCCCACGUCGGUCCCUCCCCUCACCUUCGGGGGAGGGGGCAGCGCGGUUUCACAGGCAAACUGCUGCACCUGCCUUUUAAGGAUUAAAAGUCUACAGAAGUUUCAGGACAAUAUUGUCACCUGGUAGACACCAGAAAGACUUGUUUGUCACUUUGCAAGAAGAGAGUCUUGAAAAGCAGAGGAAAAUGCCUUAACCAUGGUUUGUAGACACACUUCAAACACUGAUUUUGCAUUCUGAAUAAUUUUUGCUGUCAGAUUGGGAACAAAAAGAGAGAGCAGCACUGGCUAUAGGUACCUUAAUAUGGGGAACCUUCUUAAAGUUUUGACAUGCACAGACCUUGAGCAGGGACCAAAUUUUUUCCUUGACUUUGAAAAUGCUCAACCUACAGAAUCAGAAAAAGAAAUAUAUAAUCAGGUAAAUGUAGUGUUAAAGGAUGCAGAAGGAAUCCUGGAAGACUUGCAGUCAUACAGAGGAGCCGGUCAUGAAAUACGAGAGGCAAUACAGCAUCCCACUGAUGAGAGGCUCCAGGAGAAGGCAUGGGGUGCAGUUGUCCCUUUAGUGGGCAAACUAAAGAAAUUCUAUGAAUUUUCUCAAAGACUUGAAGCUGCGUUACGAGGUCUCCUUGGGGCCCUGACAAGCACUCCAUAUUCGCCCACACAGCACCUGGAGCGAGAGCAGGCUCUUGCAAAACAGUUUGCAGAAAUCCUUCAUUUCACACUUCGUUUUGAUGAGCUAAAGAUGACAAAUCCUGCUAUUCAGAAUGACUUCAGCUAUUACAGAAGAACCUUGAGUCGUAUGAGGAUCAACAAUGUUCCAGCAGAAGGAGAAAAUGAAGUAAACAACGAAUUGGCCAACAGAAUGUCUUUAUUUUAUGCUGAAGCGACGCCAAUGUUGAAAACCCUAAGUGAUGCUACAACAAAAUUUGUUUCAGAGAACAAAAAUUUACCCAUAGAGAAUACCACAGAUUGCUUAAGCACCAUGGCCAGUGUUUGCCGAGUGAUGCUGGAAACCCCGGAAUACAGAAGCAGGUUCACAAAUGAGGAAACAGUAUCCUUCUGUCUGAGGGUAAUGGUGGGUGUCAUCAUUCUCUAUGACCAUGUACAUCCAGUAGGCGCUUUUGCUAAAACUUCAAAAAUUGACAUGAAAGGAUGCAUCAAAGUUCUCAAAGACCAGCCUCCAAACAGCGUAGAAGGCCUCCUAAAUGCUCUCAGGUACACAACAAAACAUCUGAAUGAUGAGACUACCUCCAAGCAAAUUAAAUCUAUGUUGCAAUAACAGUUACCUGGAAUCUAUGCCCUGCUGUAAACAGUAUUCUGCAAUGACCGAGAUGCACAGAUCUUUUUUUUAAGUGAUUGCAACUACUAUCUUGUUCAGUCUUGCUUUUGAUUUUUCUCCCCUUCUUGUCCUCUUUUUCCAUUUUUAAAAAAAAUCACAUUCUUGUUCUUGAGUAAGUCGAUACCUUCUUUUCUGUGCCAAAAUCAAUGAAAAUUAUCAACCCUGGAAGGUAAUUUUUACCUUUCAGAAUGGCCAUUCUGUGGCAGCUAAUUCUGCGUUGCGUUUUGGAUUUCUCUGGACUGGAGAAAGCUCUGUGACUUGAACUAAGUAUUUUUAAAUGUGGUUUUUUCUUUUUGAAAAACUAAUAUUUAAUAUUGCUUCUUGUGCAUGGCAAAACUGCCUAUUUCUGCUAUUUAAAAAGAAAGAGAAAAACCCUCAGUGACUUCAUUUUGUAUUGCAGCUUUUUUAUGUGCAAACAUGAGGAAACUUAGAGCAGAUUUGUUUAAAUUAACUGUGUUUGUACAAAUGGUACCCAACACAAAGGUUUUUUUUAAGAAAAAGAAAAUAAAUGAGUAAAACUGUUUGUUUUAAAAAGUUAAGUUUGCAUUUUGACUCAUUUUUGUAAGGAUGUCUGUUGUAUGUUUAAUAACUAAUGUUUUAAAAGAAAGUGGUGUGUGCGUAGCCAAAUUACGUAUGCAUGUUCGUGUCAAAUGAUUGGCUGUGGAGACAACAAUAAAAAUUGGCUUUCAUUUU